AUGAACAUUGCUUUGAAACCGACAAGAUUACUAUUACAAAAAAGUAACAGAAACAAAUGGAUAAGCAAUGCUGCCUCAGAAAAAAUUUUUACGGCAACAAUAACAACAACAGCAAGAACAAUAACAACAGGACGACGAUCGUUUUUUAGCAGACGGAAAAAGUUUGUCCUACUUAGCAGUGCUACAUUAGCUGUUUGUGCAGGCACCAGUUUACCAACACUGAUAGAAUCAUCCUCUGAUGACAAAAUUAACUUGAAUAAAAAAAAUAACGAAAGUACCAAAGGUAGCAACAGAGUGCGGCAUACAUUAUUUGCCUUGCAACGUAUUGGAGUUGCCACUAAAGUAGGCGUGCAAGUCGCUAUUGAUUAUAAAAGGACGCAAUCAAAAAGGUAUUCUUCAAAUGAAGAACGAGUUGUUGCUAUAAAACACUGCCAUAAACGAGCUGCUGAGCGCGUAUUGGCCGGUCUCCAAAAAUUGGGUGGUAUUUACGUGAAGCUGGGGCAACAUGUAUCUGCUAUGACCUAUAUACUACCUUUAGAAUGGACAACCACCUUAGCUGUCCUCCAAGAUCGCUGUGAUCCGACACCGCCAGAAGAUAUUCGAAAAUUAUUUCUGACGGAUUAUGGAGAGCCGUUAGAAGAAGUAUUUGACGAAUUUGACUGGAAGCCGUUAGGUGUAGCCUCUUUAGCUCAAGUGCAUAAAGCCAGAUUAAAACAAAAUAGAGAGAGCCAUGUUAGCUUGAGUAGCUCCCAUAAUGAUGGGAAGAAUUUUGCAUUAACGGACCAGCAAACUGGACAACGAUGGGUAGCUGUCAAGUUCCAGCAUCCACGUUUGGACGAAUUCAGUCGAAUGGAUCUGGAAACAGUUAGUUUGAUUGUAGGCACUAUCAAGCAACUUUUCCCGGAUUUUGGCUUUGAAUGGAUAUUAAAAGAAAUGCAACAAUCGUUACCGCAAGAAAUGGACUUUGAACAUGAAGCUCGAAACGCCUAUCAAGUCAAAAAGAACUUUGAGAACGAAAAUACACCAUUAGUGGUUCCUGAAAUCUUAUGGGCGAAAAGACGAAUAUUAUGCAUGGAAUUUAUUGAUGGUGCACGUAUUGACGAUUUGAAGUAUAUGAAAGACCACCAUAUCGAUCCUAAUCAAGUAUCGACCGAAAUUACUAAAGUCUUUGGAAAAAUGAUGUUUCUAGAUGGAUUUGUACAUUGCGAUCCUCAUCCUGGCAAUUUGCUUAUUCGACCAACGACGACGAACAACAGGAAUAGCAAGUUCAAAUUUGAUCUCGUUCUACUCGACCACGGCCUCUAUCGUACGUUAACCGAUCAAUUACGUACUGAUUAUGCCCACUUAUGGACUUCACUCAUUCGCGGUGACGAGAAAGGCAUCGAAACCUAUUCCUCGAAAGUAGGAUGUCGGCCUGGCUCCUACCGUCUGUUUGCAUCACUCCUUACUGGACGUGAAUGGUCUACCAUUCAGUCAGCUGAUUUAUCUUCUUUUCGUACCAACACAGAGAUGAAACGUGUCUCGGGGCGCGCCAAAGAUUUUGUGAGUCGCAUUUAUGACAUUCUUGCCACCUUACCACAGAUUGUACUUCUGCUGUUGAAAACCAGUGAUCUGCUGCGAGGCUUAGACGAAACGCUACGUUUGGAAAUAGGUGGAGAUAAGUACAUUACUUACGCCUUGAUGGGCCGCUUUUGCGCAGAAGCUGUGUGGCUUGAUGCGAAGCAAAAUUUAUUACGGCGGAUCAAAGAAGCGCCCAGCUUGUUUCAUGCGUGUAAAUUGUUUCUGAGUUUGUUCUCGUCAUGGUGGGAAUAUCAAACGCUCGAAUAUGGGCUUUGGAUCUAUCAGCUUAAAGUCGAUGUACGUACAAAAUGGACUAUGAUAUGGCAUCAUGGUGUUUCUGUAGAAGAAAUGCAGAAGCAACGGCAAUUAAAGCUUAUCGAUACAGCAGCAGUAGUAGCUCCCUUGUAA